AUGGCAGCAGUGGUGGCUCUGUGGCGGAAGGCGAUGGAGACCGUGAAGACUAAGGAGUUCCGAGAUUACCUGACCAGCACGCACUUCUGGGGCCCAGUGGCCAACUGGGGCCUCCCGCUGGCCGCCUUCAGGGACAUGAGGGCAUCACCGGACAUCAUCAGUGGCCGCAUGACGACUGCGCUCAUCUUCUACUCGAUGGCCUUCAUGCGCUUCGCCUACCGUGUACAGCCUCGCAACUUGCUGCUGAUGGCGUGUCACGGCACCAACAUAGUGGCCCAGAGUAUGCAGGCGGGCCGCUACCUGAUCUACCACUAUGGCGGUGGCACCACGGCAGCCACCACUGCUGCUGUCUCUGCCGCCUCUGCCACCUCUGCGGAUUCUACUGCAGCUACCACCCCUGCAGCUGAAGACCCUACGGCUGACAGCGACUGCCGGGAGAUCAUCUACUGUUGUCUAGUGACCUGGGUCUGUGAUUGA